CUUGGAUGCCCUGGGGAAUGGCUGAUUCACAGGAUGACAAACUCUACAAAGCCGAAUACGCAAAAAGUGGUCGCGCCUCUUGCAAGAAAUGCAAAGAAAACAUUGCUAAAGACUCGCUGAGAAUGGCCAUUAUGGUGCAGUCUCCCAUGUUUGAUGGCAAAGUGCCUCACUGGCACCAUUUUUCCUGCUUUUGGCUCCGGGCUGCAGUACAGUCACCCUCUGACAUAUCUGGAUUUAUUGACCUCCGCUGGGGUGAUCAGGAAAAAGUGAAGAAAGCCAUUGAGAGCGGAGAUGCUACCGGAGGGAAAGGAGAGCAGAAGGGAGCAGCUAAAGGGGAGAAGAUCCUGAAUGACUUUGCAGUGGAGUACGCCAAAUCCAACAGAAGCACCUGCAAGGGGUGUGAUCAAAAAAUCGAAAAGGACCACAUACGAGUGUCAAAGAAGACAGUGGACCCAGAGAAACCUCAGCUUGGUCUAAUAGAUCGCUGGUACCACACUGGCUGCUUUGUGAGCCGCCGUGAGGAGCUAUUGUUUAAACCAGAGUACAGUGCCGCCCAGCUCAAAGGUUUCGCAGCUCUACGAGAUGAAGACAAAGAGGAGCUGAAGAAAAGGCUUCCUGCAGUGAAGAAUGAAGGGAUAACCACACGGAAAUUGUACUGGAAAGGAGAGCAGAAGGGAGCAGCUAAAGGGGAGAAGAUCCUGAAUGACUUUGCAGUGGAGUACGCCAAAUCCAACAGAAGCACCUGCAAGGGGUGUGAUCAAAAAAUCGAAAAGGACCACAUACGAGUGUCAAAGAAGACAGUGGACCCAGAGAAACCUCAGCUUGGUCUAAUAGAUCGCUGGUACCACACUGGCUGCUUUGUGAGCCGCCGUGAGGAGCUAUUGUUUAAACCAGAGUACAGUGCCGCCCAGCUCAAAGGUUUCGCAGCUCUACGAGAUGAAGACAAAGAGGAGCUGAAGAAAAGGCUUCCUGCAGUGAAGAAUGAAGGUGUUAUUGCCUCCUCCAUCGUCAUGCUGUUCAUCGCCAUCACCGAUGCCCCUGCAGCACAGGAAGAUUGCCUUGAACGCAUUUCUGAAGAUAAGCCUCUGACAGGACUGAAGCUGCUUGCUGUGGGAAAGCUUAGUAAGAACAAAGAUGAGCUGAAAAAUGCAGUGGAAGAACUGGGAGGAAAAAUCACAGGCUCUGCCAACAAAGCUGCUCUCUGCCUCAGUAACAAGAAGGAGAUUGAAAAAACGAGUAAGAAGAUGGAGGAGGUGAGGGAUGCAGGUGUGCGUGUGGUGGCAGAGGGCUUCCUCACUGACAUCAAGGAGUCUGGCAAGGCCCUCCAGGAGCUCAUCUCCCUGCAUGCCAUCUCACCCUGGGGUGCUGAAGUUAAAGUCGAGUCCCAGGCUGCAGCCCCGGCCUCCAAAUCCACUGGCGCUCAUUCCUCAAAGAGUACCGGCAGAGUCAAAGAGGAAGAAGGUGGAAGCAAAUCAAAGAAAAUGAAACUGACAGUAAAAGGAGGGGCAGCAGUUGAUCCAGAGUCAGGUCUGGAAAACUGUGCUCAUGUACUGGAUCAGAAUGGGAAGAGUUACAGUGCCACACUGGGUCUCGUGGACAUCGUCAGAGGGACGAACUCAUACUACAAACUACAGCUUUUGGAGGAUGAUGUUAAGAAACAAUACUGGGUGUUUAGGUCAUGGGGUCGAGUCGGCACCACCAUUGGGGGAAACAAACUGGACAAGUUUUAUGAUAAGAACUCUGCUAUGGACAAUUUCUGCAGUGUGUAUGAGGAAAAGACUGGGAAUGCCUGGGCCUCCAGCAACUUCACAAAAUACCCCAAUAAGUUUUAUCCUCUAGAGAUUGACUACGGACAGGAUGAGGAGGCUGUGAAGAAGUUAACUGCAAGCGCAGGCACCAAGUCCAAGCUGGACAAACCCAUCCAAGACCUUAUACGAUUGAUAUUUGAUGUUGAGAGCAUGAAGAAAGCCAUGGUUGAGUUUGAGAUCGACUUGCAGAAGAUGCCUUUAGGAAAACUGAGUAAGAGACAGAUCCAGAGUGCCUAUUCCCUCCUGAGUGAGGUCCAACAGGCUGUAGCAGAUAGCGCUGCAGAAGCACUGAUCUUAGAUCUGUCCAAUCGCUUCUACACACUGAUACCUCAUGACUUCGGCAUGAAGAAACCACCAUUGUUGAAUAACAUGGAUUACAUACAGCAAAAGGUGCAGAUGCUGGACAACCUGUUGGACAUUGAGGUGGCCUACAGUCUGUUACGGGGAGGAGUGGAGGACAAUAAGAAAGAUCCCAUUGACAUUAACUAUGAGAAACUCAAAACCAAAAUUGAGGUGGUUGACAAGUCAUCAAGUGAGGCUCAGCUUAUCCAACAAUAUGUGAAAAACACACACGCUGCUACUCACAACACCUAUACACUGGAUGUCGAGGAGAUCUUUAAGAUCGACAGGGAGGGUGAGUACCAGUGUUUCCAUCCUUUCAAAGAAUUACACAACCGGCAGCUGUUGUGGCACGGCUCCCGCACCACCAACUAUGCAGGUAUCCUGUCUCAGGGUUUGCGUAUCGCUCCUCCUGAAGCUCCAGUGACAGGUUACAUGUUUGGCAAAGGUGUUUACUUUGCUGACAUGGUGUCAAAGAGUGCAAACUACUGCCACACAUCCCAGGCUGAUCCUGUUGGCCUCAUUCUGUUAGGAGAGGUUGCCCUUGGAAACAUGCAUGAAUUGAAGAAGGCCUCACACAUUACGAAAUUACCAAAGGGUAAACACAGUGUAAAAGGUUUGGGAAGAACAGCUCCAGACCCAAGAGCUGCUGUAUCUCUGAAUGGAGUGGAUGUUCCUCUGGGCAAAGGCAUCAACACAAAUAUUGAAGACACAAGUCUGCUCUACAACGAGUACAUUGUGUAUGAUAUUGCUCAGGUUAACCUAAAAUACCUGCUAAAGAUUCGCUUCAACUACCAGACCUCUCUGUGGUGAGACAGCGGAUGAGAUGUGGACAGGCUUUUGGAAGCCACUGAAGCCCACUGCUACAGCUUUAGCACCAAGACCAAGCAGCAUAUGGGUUGAUAAACGAUAAAUCAGUUCUCUAGCGCUUCGACAGAACAUUUCCUGUUGCUUUGUCUGUUAGUUUGGAGUAAGUUAAGUGGCUAUAUGUAAAUUGUAUCACUGCAUUGUUGCAAAUAUUGCAGGCUUUGGUACAUAUUCACAGAAAUGAUUGGACUUAUCUGUGGCGAUUUUUCUUAUAAGCUACCAACGAUGAUAGGUAGACAGUCUUCCAUGUUUCAUAGACUUUUUCU